CUGCCGCCGCCGCCGCCGCCGCCGCUCGUGGUCCGGGUCGCGCUCCUUCCGCUCCGCCGCCUGCUCGCGAGUGCUGCCCGGCAGGCCGCCAUGGCGAACGUGGCCGACACGAAGCUGUACGACAUCCUGGGCGUCCCUCCCGGCGCCAGCGAGAACGAGCUGAAGAAGGCAUACAGAAAGUUAGCCAAAGAAUACCAUCCUGAUAAGAAUCCAAACGCUGGAGACAAAUUUAAAGAAAUAAGCUUUGCCUAUGAAGUAUUGUCAAAUCCAGAGAAGCGGGAGCUAUAUGACAGAUAUGGAGAACAAGGUCUCCGGGAAGGUAGCGGCGGAGGUGGUGGCAUGGACGACAUUUUCUCACAUAUUUUUGGUGGAGGAUUGUUUGGCUUCAUGGGCAGUCAGAGUAGAAGUCGGAACGGCAGAAGAAGAGGCGAGGACAUGAUGCAUCCGCUGAAAGUGUCUUUAGAAGACCUGUAUAAUGGCAAGACAACCAAACUACAACUUAGCAAGAAUGUGCUCUGCAGUACGUGCAGUGGGCAAGGUGGAAAGUCUGGAGCUGUUCAGAAAUGUAGUGCCUGCCGGGGCCGAGGUGUGCGCAUUAUGAUCAGACAGCUAGCUCCGGGAAUGGUGCAGCAGAUGCAGUCUGUGUGCUCUGACUGCAAUGGAGAAGGGGAGGUCAUUAAUGAGAAAGAUCGCUGUAAAAAAUGUGAAGGGAAGAAAGUGAUUAAAGAAGUCAAGAUUCUUGAAGUUCAUGUAGACAAAGGCAUGAAACAUGGACAGAGAAUUACAUUCACUGGGGAAGCAGACCAGGCCCCAGGAGUGGAACCUGGAGAUAUUGUUCUUUUGCUUCAGGAAAAAGAACAUGAGGUGUUCCAGAGAGAUGGGAAUGACCUGCAUAUGACAUAUAAGAUAGGACUUGUUGAAGCUUUAUGUGGAUUUCAGUUCACAUUUAAGCAUCUUGAUGCUCGUCAGAUUGUGGUGAAAUACCCCCCUGGCAAAGUAAUUGAACCAGGCUGUGUUCGUGUUGUUCGGGGUGAAGGAAUGCCACAGUACCGCAAUCCAUUUGAAAAGGGUGAUCUUUACAUAAAGUUUGAUGUGCAGUUUCCUGAAAACAACUGGAUCAACCCAGACAAGCUUUCUGAAUUAGAAGAUCUCCUGCCAUCUAGACCAGAAGUUCCUAAUAUAAUUGGAGAGACAGAAGAAGUGGAGCUUCAGGAAUUUGAUAGCACUCGAGGCUCUGGAGGAAGUCAGAGGCGGGAAGCCUACAACGACAGUUCUGAUGAAGAAAGCAGCAGCCAUCAUGGACCUGGAGUGCAGUGUGCCCAUCAGUAAACCACAGGCAGCUGCACGGGUGGGUUUUCCUUCCACGUUUGCCAGAUUUGCCAGCUGCCUGGAACACCCGAUGAGUCCAGAUGGACGAUGGACAUCUGUGAUGUAUGUGUAACUUCUAAGAUUGGUAUAGUAUCCACAGAAUGUAUAAUUUAAACUAACCACGGAGCUUUACAUCUUCAUUUCGACUGUUCUGUAGCAGAGUAAAGCACUUGAACUAAGACUCCCUUUCACAUGUGGGUUAUAAGUUUCAGUCCUGGUAUCUGCUUGAUUUUUAUCAGUUUUGUGUAGACUUUUAUGUUUCAUAUUUUAAAUUCAAAUCCAGCAUUGUAAAGUUUGUACAAUUUGUCCUGAAGCUUUGUGUUUGGCUGCACCUGCAUAAGCUGCUACAAAUAGAAUAAAGAAUUCAUAGCCUGUAUCUAUCAUUUAGAUGCAUGGAAAAAUGGGCUUUGCACACAGUGGGUUUGAAGCUGACUGGGAACAAUGGAAAAAAUUACAUUAGCCAUGGUUGUAAAGUUUUUUGGCUUUUUUUUAAAACCAUUUUGUGAAAGGUUUCUGAAACUUGAUAAUAAAAAGCAGUUGGUGUAAAUUA